CGUAACUACAUGAAUAUAUUGUAGAAAGACGUUGAAAAUGUGUACAAAUGGUUGUUUUACAAUUGUUUUGAUGUGGACACUUUGGUCAUCUUCUACGAAUUGUCAGGAGGAGAUCUUUCCCACGGAAGGCUAUUACGAUAAUUUUGAUGACAUUUUCGAUGCAGAUGAUGAUGCUUCAGGUGAUUAUGCGUGUUCCAGUGGAGACGAGGCUCCUUACAAUCAUCAAGAGGAUGAAGGUAUCCUAAAGCCCAAAAUCAGAGUGGCAAGAUGGAUGGAUAGCGAUGAGGACAUCCUGGUUGGAUGUUUCCAUGAUCGUCAUCAAGACGGACAUUUCCUAUUGCAUGUAGAUACCGAGGCAGAAUCCACUGUGUAUCGCUCAGGCGUCACGGUGGAGGCAGGCAUCAUCUUCAAUGUCUCCGUUACCCCGCCUGUUACUUUCACUUGUUCCCUCAUCAUGCCACAUCUUUACGGAGAUCAUUUAAGUGACCAUCACAGUAUCUCACAAUAUGGUUCAGAGCUGGAGAUGCCCUCAGUGUCUCUCUAUUACAAGGUGUUUUCAGGAUUCAUUGGAGUUGUUCUCAUCGGCAUGACCUUGGUGGUCAUAGCAAUGACCUUCAAAGGCAAACCAACAGCAGGGACGGACAAAACAUCAGAAACCAACGUCUAUGAGAAUACCGCAGUAUAAUCCUGGAUGGAGAACAUUCCCAGAAGACCCUCUUCAAUUCAUGGCAGGGGUGUCAAACUCAAAUUCACAGAUUUUCAAAAUUAAUCAAAAUCAAAAUCUGAGAUGAAGUCGCGGGCUGAAUUCAAUCUUUACUCAAAAACGCACAGAAUUCGUGCAUACACAAACACAUUUAAUAGGUUAAAGGUUAUCGCAAAUAACACAAAUACUCCUUCCCAUCCUAUAUGUAUAUGUGUAGGCCUAUGUGGUGCUACCUGGGGAAACUUAUAAUUCUUGUGAUGCACACAAUCUUGGGUCAACUUAUGUCAACGUAUGUGGGUCAACUUCACAUUUGAAAUGAUUUCAAGGGCGACAUAAAAUGACUUUGCGGGCCGCGUUUAGACACUGAGAAACAGGGAACAGACAAUUUUAGCUCCUCAGUACAGGAAUAAGAGAUUUCAGUGCAUUGUUUGACUGCAUUGUACGUGCAUAUUACUAAAAAUAUGAAAUGUAAAAUAAUAAUAAUAAUAAUAAACAGAUAACAUUGUUUCAUAAAUGAAAUCUUGUGCGUUAGCUGAACACUGUUCCAAUGAGCAAGCAAAUGCACACCAACAGUGCACCCUGAAAGUGAGCAGAAACUGAAACAGAGAUUUUUGUUGUUGCAGAAGUUGUUUUUUUAUACAAUGUUUGUGGUUUAGUUGCUUACUUGGCAAGAAAGGCACAGGCAUGAGGUGAACAUUUUCAGAAGUGGUUUUUCCAGACUCACAGUGCCCAGAAGUGACUUCUCUUUUAUACCUUAAAGGUACACUGUGUGAUUUUUAGCUGUUUACAGUAUUUCCAGAAUUCAUGCUACCCAUUCACUAAUGUUACCUUUUUCAUGAAUACUUACCACCACCAUCAAAUUCUAAGUAUUCAUUAUGACUAGAAAAAUUUCACUUUUCAUACAUGAAAAGGUAGAUCUUCUCCAUGGUCCGCCAUUUGGAAUUUCCAGAAAUAUCAAU